AUGUAUGCUUUUAAAGUGAAAUUAAUACUUUGGCAGGCCAGACACCAGGCGUCCAAAGGGGUUCACAGCAAAUCGAAAAGGAUCACUGAGAAGUCAUUAUUCAGAUGGAUCGAAAUUGCUGCUACAACGAGUAACAAUUACCUUUGUCAAGUCUGCGGUGAUAGAGCGUCCGGUUUCCACUACGGCGUUUUUGCUUGCGAGGGUUGCAAGGGUUUUUUUCGCCGUUCCAUUCAGCAGAAAAUCCAAUAUCGUCCAUGUACAAGGAGCCAACAAUGCGUUGUUGCCCGGAACAAUCGUAAUCGAUGUCAACACUGCAGACUGCAAAAAUGUAUCAAAGUGGGUAUGUCAAGGGAAGCCGUUCGAUUUGGUCGUGUACCAAAACAUGAAAAAGUCCGAUUGGCUGAGGAAUUGGCUCGUGUUACAGCACGAACCCUAACUGAUGCAGUUCAAAGUGCACUUAUUGAUAGCGAUUCGGUACUGGAAUCUUGUUUUACCGGUUUCUUACGCCUAAUAGACAAUGUGAAGAAGCUUCUUGAUAAAUCUCCUGCGCAAACCGUCUGUCCUGUAGGGAGGGUAAACGCUCAUCAUGCGAUAAAAGCAGCUUACAAUUUCUCUCAGUCAAUUCCGGGAUUCAGUAUAUUGCAUCAUCAAGAUCGAGUUCAACUCUUAAAGGGUACAUUGUUUCAAACGGUCAUGCUAGCAACACUCUCAUCGCUUAACUCCGACAAAGCUCUAUUAACGUUUCAAUCGCCAAUCGAACAGCAAGUCCACCAAUAUUUCUGCUCACCGUUAAAUAUUUUUUUACAAAAAUUUAAAACGUUAAAGUUAACUAAUCAACAAGUAGCACUGAUCGGUGCUGCAGGCAUGUGUAUUUCCGAUAGACCGCUCACGCAUCAUCCUGAAUUGGCUGCACUUAUCUACAAUCGUCUAAGUGAUCUGUUCCAAGAAACAUUUUCGGAAGAAUGUCGUGCUGCGGCUCCACAGCUUUUGCAUACGGUCUUGUGCGAGUUGAGAAUGCAAAAUGCAGUGCAUCAGCAAAGUCUUGAAGCAAUAACUAUUUGGCCUGCUACAUAUUCCUCAUCAUCAUCUGUUGCGUCUUCCGAUGAUAGUACUAUCUCAAAUAGCGUAAGAACAGGUAUGAAUGAUAGUACAUCGCGAAAUAUUGAAACCGAAUUAUUACUAUUAGGAAGUUGUGGGUUAGUACGAGGACAGCAACCAGAACAGCCACUGCAGGAAUUAAUUUCACCUCUUUCGGUUGAAAAUCAACCUCACGAUGAUAUACAAAAAGGACAAGCUAAACCAGGUUGCAGUCAACGUAGAUCCGAGAAUAAUCCAGAAGGCCUACAAUUACAACCAGUUACUCUAUCUCGAGUUCAACCAUCCAUUGUUGAAACUCAUCGAUCUGUUGCUUCGUUGCUCAACCAACCACCUAUUUUACCAGUCGCGGUUGCUGCAGUACGAAGUACUUUUGCUCAUAACUGUCAACCGGCAGUGUUAUAUCGAGAGGCAACACCGGUGUUGCGAAGUACCUCUUUAUACGACAUGAAAACAUCAAAUGAGGCAGUGGAAUCAACAGAUGAAGAGCCGCUAGAUCUAAGUAUGAAACGCUGAUAUUAAUUAUAAUUCCGUCAAAAAUUUGUUUGCCGAUCGACACCGUCAUGUGUACUAUUACGUUUCAUCGGAUCAUUCCAUUUGUGAGGACCGCAGAUACAUCGAAUUUCAUGUCGAAAUUGUUCUGAAAGUGC